AUGUCGGUAGCCUCAGCAGACGCAGCCCAGCUACUCGCCCUCCACAACAGUCCGCUCUGCGUCCGACCCCCUGCACUCAAGCCGCUCAGCGAAUGGUUUGGUGAUUGCGACUUCAAUUCGGUCAGAUCCCAACCCAACCAUGCUCCCCCGAAUGCCAACACAUCCCCCAAUCAACGACCCAGCCAGCAGCAGCAGACAUCCCCCGACAACAAAUCACAAGCACUCUCCCAGUCCCUAGCUAGUCUCCCCGUCCUAGGAAGGAGCCAGCCACCCGCCAGGAAUCCGUUUGCCAACUUUGGCAAAUUCGGAACGGAGGAGCUCCCCUCUAGUCUACAUCUCAACGGCCCAAACAGCCCUCUCAACAGCUCAUCUAUCAAGGGUGGCCGCAGGCUCAUCGACCGCGAUUGUGCCCCUCACAUAGCCAGGACAGACAACUUGAAUAUUGACGGCAGUCGGAGAAAGCCAAACGAGAAUUCGCUCGGAACCGGUAAAGAGCGAAACGCCAACCAAAGAAUACCCGACGACCAAGGAUCAGCCGACGGUAAGUUGAACAACAACACCACCUCCAACCGUCGAACGCUGGACAGGUACGUCCCCGAUCGCGAUCGGGAUGACGCCCGACUACGUAAUCGGGAACGAGAACGUGAGAGAGAUGUCGAGCGAGAUAAGACCCGUCGAUCGAGUAUCAACCCUCGAGAUGGCACAACGGGCGACGAACAGAUGAACUGGAGAAGACCUCCCCCGGGUACGACUGCCGGUCAACCCACCAAGCGAUCUACCUCCUACCAUCAACAACAACAACAACAAGCCAACAAUCCAGCUCGAGCCAACAAGGAUACCCCCGACACGCGCGAUCACUCCGUUCGUGAAAAGGACCGAGAGAAGACGAUCAACAACAACAAGUAUCCUCAGACCUCCAACUCUUCAAACCGCAACAAUAAUCAGCAACGAGCUCGAGAAAAGGAAAACACCACCUCCAGUCAACUUCCCUCAUCAGGCUCGCUUGCCACGGCUUCUAGAGAGACACCCCCGAUUUCCCCAAAUGUGUCUCUGACUUCCCAUCCCACCAGACGGGUUAAGGAUGGUGCCUGGGACUCGGGAGAGGGCAAAUGGGAGAUCUCCAAGCCGUCUAACGGGCUUCGAAACGAUAAUGGAUAUGGAUCCAGCGAAACGGAUGCCAUCCAAACUUGGAAAGCUGAGAUGAAGGCACUGGAGGCUCAAAAGAAAUUGGCUGCGGCCGCAGCUACCGACUCCCAAGACCACUCUUCCACCGCUCUCAAGGAGGAACACCGUCCAGCGGGCGGCAGCGCAGCGGCAGCUAUUGAUACCCAUGUCGACAAGCCCGAUCGUGACUUUCACUCAAACCCCUCAAAACAGUUUGAUUUUACAGCCAUAUCCGGAACUCCUGAUGAAAGUGGUCUCACAAGCUCGCAUCCUGCUAAUGAGAACGAACUUGCCGUCCUUCCUAGAGCAAGCCGGUUUGCGAAGUUUUUCGAUCACAACAAGGAUGGCAGUGGACAACAACCUGGCUCGCUAUUGACUGACAAGGGAAGUCCCACAAAAGGGGCCGGCAGUCCCAGUGUAGACCCGGAGAACAUGGCUCGUGUCUUGAGUAUGCUUCAAAUGAGUUCAAAAACUUCAGAGCCCCCUUCCGAAAGCGCACCAACCGCCCAGGCUCAUCCAUCGCCUUUCCAGCUUCUCAACAAAGCCAUGCCAUCCAAUGGACAGUCGCCUCACUACAGCCGCGACGCCAUGGGAUUUGCCCAACUGCACGGCGCCUCCGCCACUUCCCCCACGGCUGUCCAUGCCCCCGGGAUGCGAUCGAUUCACGAAGCUGAGCUUGGCGAUCGCAUCCAAGCAGCCGACGACCACACCCUCGACCACCUCUUACAUCACACCCACCCAUCCUCUUCGACCCCCUUUGCCAACUUUGCUGGUGACUCUCCCCAGCGAUCCUCGUCUGCCCAUCCAAUCGGAGGCUUGGAAGACCACCUGUCAAGCCACUCGUCCGCUGACCGUUUCGGCCAUCUAUCUGGCUCUCAAUCGGCGGCCAACCAUCCGUUCGGAUCGCAGAACGGCCACGGCUCCCAAUCCGUUGGCAGUGCCACCAACAACCAACCCUUCAACCUGUUCACGACCAACCACCCCCCACAUGUCAAGUCGCCCAUCGACGCUAGCUUCGCCGCCCUCCGCAACCAAGCUCCUCAUGACCCACAGAUGUUUCAGCUUCGCCAUAUGCUCCACUCCGUUAACUCUAACUCGCUCACUAACAUUCCUGCCCAGCAGCUCGCACACGAUCGUAGCAACGAUAACCAGAAAUUGGCCUUCUUGUCCCGCCAGCUCCAUCAACAACGUCUAGCCAUUGCGGGUGCAAAUUCGUCGGUGAAUGGCACUUCUCAUGGCUUGCAGCACUUGAACUCUGCCCCGGGGCCAAAUGGAAUUGUCCAGCUACCUUCAGCCAAUGGGCCCCACACGGCGGCACUGAACAACCUUUUCCUGCACCACCAGCAGGUCCCGGCGCACCAUCCCGGGAUCCUUCCGCCCACGGUGACCUUCGCCGGCUCGCCGACUGGGGUCCAAACGGGGGCUGGAGGUGGCCGGCCGGGCCCGGUGGGCUUUGGCCACCCCGCCCCGCAGAUGCUCUUCGCCGGCGUCCCCAUGCUCAAUAACAACCCCGCUACCGCUCCUAACAGCAUUCUCCAACAGCAACAACCCCAGCCUCAUCCCGCACUCGGCAACAAUCCUAACGCCGUCCAACAGCUCUUCCAGAUCCCUCUUGCUAACUUGCCGCCCCCGCCCCAACAACAUAAUGCCCAGCUCGACCUCAUGAGCUUGUUGAACGCCGGCAACCAACGCCGCAUCGGAAUGUAA